UCUCUGCUCCGGACAUAGCAGCAAUGUGAAAACCACUCACGAAGAAGCCCUGCAAACUUUACUGAAGCCUUGAGACCAAAAGCGGCUCUUUUCCUCCUUUCAUCUCCCAAGUCAAUUCCACAUAUGUUGGCCUGGCCAUGCAGCCUGCGGGAGAGCUGUGCAGUUUAGAACAGGCCAGGAAUGGACAGAGUUAGAGCUGUUCACAUCAAGAAGCAGCGACAGAGGCUCUGGAGAGAGGAACAGCUGGCAGAGGCCAUCCAGGCUGCCUCUUUGGUUUGGUUUUGCAAAUACUAGCCAUUAAAGCAUCCGCUCCUCUUUGGCCACAAUGACAGCCUGUGGCUUAUGGGACUGGUGGGCUGUGAUGGGCUGCGGGGUCUUUCUGCUGGUCCACGGGCAGCAGCCACAGAGCAGCAACACAGAUGGCAACCGGUGGAGGCAGAUGAUCCAGUGGGAGAACAAUGGCAGGGUGUACAGCCUCUUGAACACAGGGUCUGAGUAUGUGCCUGCUGGCCAGGAGCCGGCGGAUGGCAGCACCAGGGUCCUGCUAGCUGACACCCCCAGGAGCCAAAGCAGAAGGGGACACGGGAACCUCAGGAGGCAAGCGCCCACCUUGCCAGUCAGGGCGGGCUCCGACACCAUCCGGGGCCAGACGCGGCACCCAUUUGGCUUUGGCCAAGUCCCGGAGAACUGGCGUGAAGGGCCCAUCGGAGACAGCACCAGCUCCCAGCGGAUCAGGCCAUCCACCAGCCGGCAACGACAGACCAGCUCCUCCGCUGCCGCCGUUGCUGCCUCUUCUUCAUUCUCACACUCCUCCUUUGGGCAGUCCUCCUACUCACAGUUCCCCUUCCCCCAGCCGCCUUUUGGGAACCAGCAUGAGCCCUAUGAUGCCCAGGUGUCUCGGGGCUAUGACGAAGGCUACCUAUACUACCGCAGCACAGGAAACGGAGGGGGUGCUGUUGCAUCAGCUGCUGCUGGUGUCGGUGUCCUAUACCCAUUACAGCCCAGGGCACAGUAUGAGGAGUAUGGGGAGGACCAGAAUCCCUACCGAGCCCAAGGUUACUAUCCUGCUCCAGAGAGGCCCUAUGUCGCAGUGCCCCCCCAGCCCCAGCUUGCUGAUGGACUGGAUAGGAGGUACUCCCACAGCUUGUAUCAUGACACUAGUGCCACCGCAGAGCAAGGCUUCCAAGAUCCUUAUUCGGCAGCUCAGAACCAGCAGCCAACGGGACAAGGGAUCCCCUCUAUGGACAAUUUACAACUCAGCCCGGGGUCCCCUUUGGGGGCCAGCCCCGGGUAUGGAACUGACCCACGAUUGGGGCGAUACCCCCCUUACGGUAACGUGCCACUGGAGCCCUAUGUCCCGCCCCACAACGUGGAACCCCAGCCACCUUUCCGGAGCCUGGAUACCUAUGGGUCUCCGCGACCUGAACCCUACCUUCCUCUGAGGAGCCCGGAAGCCCCACAAGUGAUAUCUGACAACCAAGCCCGGGUCAGAGUGGGCAGCGUUUACAGACCCCCUCAGAACGGACGGGGCCUCCCUGACUUAGUACCUGAUCCAAACUAUGUCCAGGCCUCUACCUAUAUCCAGAGAGCUCACCUCUAUUCUCUCCGCUGUGCUGCUGAGGAAAAGUGCCUCGCCAGCACUGCCUACACUCCCGAGGCCACCGACUACGACAUCCGGGUGCUGCUGAGGUUCCCGCAGCGGGUGAAGAACCAGGGCACAGCAGACUUCCUGCCCAACCGCCCCCGCCACAACUGGGAGUGGCACAGUUGCCACCAGCACUACCACAGCAUGGACGAGUUCAGCCACUAUGACCUGCUGGAUGCACCCACGGGGAGGAAGGUGGCCGAGGGCCACAAGGCUAGCUUCUGUCUGGAGGAUACCACCUGCGACUUUGGGAACCUGAAGCGCUAUGCCUGCACUUCACACACCCAGGGCUUGAGUCCCGGUUGCUAUGACACCUACAAUGCUGACAUCGAUUGCCAAUGGAUUGACAUAACAGACGUUCAGCCUGGAAAUUACAUCCUAAAGGCCCAUUGCCGGUCCCCUUGGUUGUGAACAUCCAUCCACACAGCAUGUGAAUAACAUGGCUGAUCAGACAUUCUUCUGAGAACAGAAGCAGCUGCGUGGAGGGCCAGUCACAAGCUUCGCAUUGGCAAUAAGCAGUAACAAUGGAGUAGGGGAGGGGUAUGAAAAUGAAACAAUAGCUGGUCACCCCUGAGAACAAAUGGAAAGAGUCAUUGUGUACUCAUACUCAAAUACUUUUUAGGACCAAAUUAAGCCCUGCUACAAUGCCAUUCAGUUCAAGGGAAGCUAAGCCCAAUUACACCAGGGCUGAAUUUGACUUUGUUUACAUCUUUUAUUUAUAUAAUUUGACCAUUUGCUACAGAGAAGCAAGAUGGUUGCAUCAGGAUGACAAGCUGUUUUCUUGGAAGAAAGUGGAGGCAUUUUACCUGUGGAAGAAACCAUAAAACUAAAAAAAAAGUGACAGUAUAAAAGCAAAACUGCCCAUAACAGUUUAUUUCCUUAAAAGGAAUACACACACACCCCGCCAUAAAUGUGCAUUUUUCAUUGCAAAAAAUUCUAGUUGUACAUGAUAAUAUACAUUACAGUAGAGCCCAGGGACCCGCCAAGAACUGGGCCCCAUUGCACUAGGUGCUGUACAGCCACAGAGUAGUGGCUAGUCCUUGCCCUGACUAACUUACAAGCUAGACACAAGGGAUGGGAAAGGGGUAUAACACACAAUUCUCUCUCUCUCCACUAACUAUCAGA